GUAAGUUAAACGCAGAAAAGCCAUUGUGAUAUCUGCAACGGCAACUCAAUCCACCAAAACAAAGCUGCAGAAAAAUAAAAAAUUAAAAAGAAAUCAUAAAAAGCUCUCAAACAAAUAUACGUUUUUUUGAUUUGCAGUGUGGUUGAUUCAAUAUGUCUCAAAACAACUGGGAAGCGGAUAAAAUGUUAGAUGUGUAUAUUCAUGAUUAUUUAGUGAAGAGGGAUUUAAAGACUUCUGCUCAGGCUUUUCAAGCUGAAGGGAAAGUAUCCUCUGAUCCUGUCGCCAUUGAUGCGCCUGGUGGUUUUCUCUUUGAAUGGUGGUCUGUUUUUUGGGAUAUAUUUAUUGCUAGGACUAAUGAGAAGCAUUCAGAGGUUGCUGCCUCUUACAUCGAGACACAAUUGAUUAAGGCACGAGAGCAGCAGCAACAACAACAACAACAUCAGCAACAGCAACAGCAACCCCAACAACCACAGCAUCCACAACAACAACAGCAACAGCAACAGCAACAACAACAAUUGCAGAUGCAACAGCUCCUAUUGCAGAGACAUGCGCAGCAACAGCAGCAACAGCAACAACAGCAACAACAACAGCAGCAACAGCAACAGCAGCAGCCUCAGCAACCUCAGCAGCAACAGCCGCAACAGCAGCCGCAGCGAAGGGAUGGAGCCCACCUCCUAAAUGGUACUACUAAUGGGCUUGUAGGAAAUGACCCUCUAAUGCGACAGAACCCUGGAACGGCAAAUGCCUUGGCUACAAAGAUGUAUGAGGAAAGAUUAAAACUGCCACUGCAAAGGGAUUCUUUGGAUGAUGCUGCUAUGAAGCAAAGAUUUGGUGAGAAUAUGGGUCAGCUUCUGGAUCCAAAUCAUGCUUCCAUAUUGAAGUCAGCUGCGGCUACUGGCCAGCCUUCAGGGCAAGUUUUGCAUGGUACAGCGGGUGGUAUGUCUCCACAAGUUCAAGCACGGAAUCAACAACUUCCAGGGUCCACACAAGACAUAAAGAGUGAGAUUAAUCCAGUAUUGAAUCCUAGAGCAGCAGGUCCGGAAGGAUCAUUAAUAGGCAUUCCUGGAUCAAAUCAAGGUGGUAACAAUUUAACUUUAAAAGGAUGGCCACUCACGGGUCUGGAACAACUACGCUCUGGGCUUCUUCAGCAGCAAAAACCCUUUAUACAGGCUCCUCAGCCUUUUCAUCAACUUCAGAUGUUGACACCACAACACCAGCAACAACUUAUGCUUGCACAACAAAGUCUGACAUCACCAUCUGCUAGUGAUGAAAGUAGAAGACUCAGAAUGAUUUUGAACAAUCGUAAUAUGGGCCUUGGAAAGGAGGGUCUUUCAAAUUCUGUUGGUGAUGUGGUUCCAAAUGUUGGAUCACCUUUACAAACUGGUGGCCCUCUUCUUCCUCGUGGAGAUACUGAUAUGCUAAUGAAGUUAAAAUUGGCUCAGUUACAGCAGCAGCAGCAACAACAACAACAACAACAGCAACAGAACAGUAAUCCACAGCAGCAUGCUCUUUCAAAUCAACAAUCACAGAGUUCUAAUCACAAUCUUCAUCAGCAAGAUAAAAUGGGGACCACUGGCAGUGUGACUGUUGAUGGUAGCAUUUCAAACUCCUAUCGAGGAAAUGAUCAGGUUUCAAAAAACCAGACUGGGAGAAAGAGAAAACAGCCGGUAUCAUCUUCAGGUCCUGCCAAUAGCUCUGGGACUGCUAAUACAGCAGGACCCUCCCCAAGUUCAGCACCUUCAACACCGUCAACCCACACCCCUGGAGAUGUGAUUUCAAUGCCUGCUUUGCCACAUAAUGGUGGUUCUUCAAAGCCUUUGAUGAUGUUUGGCACCGAAGGUACUGGUACACUUACAUCACCAUCAAACCAAUUGUGGGAUGAUAAAGAUCUUGAAUUGCAGGCUGAUGUGGACCGUUUUGUGGAGGAUGGUUCCCUUGAUGAUAAUGUUGAGUCUUUUUUAUCCCACGAUGAUCAAGACCCCAGAGAUCCUGGUGGCCGUGGUAUGGAUGUCAGCCAAGGGUUCUCAUUUAAGGAAGUAAAUUCUGUUAGAGCUAGCGCAAGCAAAGUUGUCUGUUGUCACUUCUCUUCUGAUGGCAAGCUGCUUGCUACUGGUGGCCAUGACAAGAAGGCUGUCUUGUGGUACACUGAUACUUUAAAGUUGAAAACAAACCUUGAAGAGCAUUCUUCUCUGAUUACUGAUGUUCGUUUCAGUCCCAGCAUGCCGCGUCUUGCAACAUCUUCAUUUGACAAAACCGUUAGAGUUUGGGAUGCUGACAAUCCUGGCUAUUCACUUCGCACUUUUAUGGGGCAUUCUGCUUCUGUUAUGUCACUGGACUUCCACCCCAAUAAAGAGGAUCUCAUCUGCUCUUGUGAUGGGGAUGGUGAAAUACGGUACUGGAGUAUUAACAAUGGUAGCUGUGCGAGAGUUUUCAAGGGUGGUACGGCUCAGAUGAGAUUUCAACCUCAUCUUGGAAGAUAUCUUGCUGCAGCUGCAGAGAAUGUUGUAUCUAUCCUAGAUGUGGAAACACAAGCCUGUCGGCUUUCAUUACUGGGACAUACUAAACCAAUCCAUUCUGUAUGCUGGGAUCCUUCUGGUGAGUUUCUAGCAUCUGUCAGCGAGGACUCUGUAAGAGUCUGGACACUUGGGUCAGGGAGUGAAGGGGAUUGUGUUCAUGAGUUGAGUUGUAAUGGCAACAAAUUCCACUCCUGCGUCUUCCAUCCUACGUAUCCUUCCUUGCUGGUGAUUGGCUGUUACCAGUCUUUGGAACUUUGGAACAUGAGUGAGAACAAGACUAUGACACUCUCAGCUCAUGAAGGACUGAUUGCUGCCUUGGCUGUAUCAACUGCAACAGGAUUAGUAGCUUCAGCCAGUCAUGACAAGUUUGUGAAGUUGUGGAAGUGAUGUGAUCCAAGUAACCUCUCAUGUAAUACUAGUUACUUUUAAUCAAAAUGUUUGUAGUUGUGCCUGAUUUGGUUGGCUGAUCCCAUUUUGUGUUCUCUACCAGAUGACAGCUCCUUGUAACCCUAGCAACUAACCUCGUCUGUUGUAUUGCUGUUAUUUUACUAUAUACUUGGACAGAAGAUAUGGACUACCUGUUUGUAAUAUUUUGUACUCCUUAUAAGGAAUAACAUGUUCCUUUAGCUUUUCAAUAUGGUUGCUUGGAGAUAUUCAUCUCA